AUGUCAAGUAUGGUAGAGGUAUGGAUCGGGGAGCUAGCCAAACUCAAAGAGAAAGUUCUCAUCAACAAGACUAAAUCUAAAGAAGGAUAUGAGCAAGAGAAAGAAGAGAGAUGGAAAACUCAAAAGAACACAACAGCAAUAUCUGAGUCAACAAUAUGUUUGCUUAUGGAUAGAUUUGCACCAUGUUAA